CAUUAAGACCGCAUUUGAUGUGCGGCUGAAUCCUUAUUUCCCGCAAUGGUCUUGCUUGUUGAUUUCUCUGUCAGAUAAGAAUGGAUAUGCACACUCUACGUCUUUUUGCAGUGGUAUUGCUGUCUGCUGUAGGGUGCUCUUCUGGUCAGAGUGCUCUACCACCGGGACCUCACAUUGGAGAAGUAGGAGGAAGAGUAACAUUCACAACUACAGUCAGCCCAACAGGACCAGAAUUAGCAGCAAUAACCUGGUCUUUUAAUAAUGGCUCUGUACCUGUAAGUGUAAUUACCUUUCUCCCUACUGUCACUAGACCAGGGCCUGGGUACGCGGGCAGAGUGAGUCUGAACAAUGUCACUGGUUCUCUGGAGCUCAGAGAGCUGACACUGAGAGACUCAGGAGAUUAUUCUGUGAGCCUGACAACAAGUAACGCUCAAUCACUGCCUGGGGAAACUAGACUGGAAGUGUACGAGCGAGUAUCCAAUGUGACAGUCAGGGUCAGUACGACUGACUUAGUGGAGUUCAAUGACACUGUCCAACUAGAAUGCUCCGCCCUUGGCUCCUCCCUCUUUUACCGUUGGCAUAAUGGAAGUUCUGACAUCACGGCCAGUGAGCGCGUUCAUCUGAGUGCUGACAGCAGAAUUCUCACCAUAAGCAGAGUUCUGAGGACUGACCGCGGACCUCUAUACUGCACUGUGUCCAAUGCCAUCAGUAAUGGCACCAGUCAGCCAGUGCUCCUCAACAUCAGCUUUGGACCGGAUGAUGUUAAGGUGACUGUGGACCCUCCAAAGGUAGUCCACCCCACUGGAUCCAACCUCACUCUGUCCUGCUCGGCUCAGUCCAGCCCUCCUGCAGAGUUUACAUGGGCUUUUAAUGGGACGAACACAGAGGGUCAGAAAUUGAACCUGGAGAACAUUCAGGAGAGUCAGAGUGGCGGUUAUACCUGUUGGGCCCAUAACAACAUAACCCUGAGGUCUCAGCCUUCUGACCCCAUACAGAUCUCUGUCAUAGAGAAGAUAUCAGAUGUGAACAUCACAGGUCCCACAGGAGUACUGAUAGCAGGUAACGGCUCUGCCAACCUGAGCUGUCAGGCAGCUGCUGGAACCCUCAUCUCCACGAAGUGGCUGAAGGAUGGACACUCACUGUCUCCUAGCAACAGAAUCACAUUCUCCAAUGACAACAGCACUGUGUUCAUAGACCCUGUACAAGGCUCUGAUAAUGGACACUACCAAUGCAGACUUACCAACCCUGUGAGCACAGACACUGUCAGCUACAACCUAACUGUCAACUAUGGACCAGAGGACGUUGUCAUACAAGGACACAGAGAGAUAGAAGUGGGCAACAGAGUGGUGCUGACCUGUUCUGCAUCAUCGGUACCUCCUGCAACAUUCACCUGGACCUUUAACGGGAAAGAGACUGGUGUCCUAACAGAGGAGUACACUAUUGCAAAUGCCUUAAUUGAUCACGGUGGGACUUACAUCUGUCUGGCUAGGAAUUCUGUGACUGAUUUAAGUAUUUUCUCUGCUCCGCAUCUGUUGACUGUUACAGUACCCACCCCACUAGGGGCAAUACUUGGGGGUAUAUUUGGCGUUCUGGCAUGUGCAGCACUGGCCGGUGGGGCUUUUGUCUACAUGAAGAAGAAAAAGGGGUCCGGCCCUUCCUUUCUCCACAACGGCAGGAACACAUCAAAUCAGCAAUCAGCAGGGGAACAGGACGUGACCUACGCAGACGUCACCGCUUUCAAUAAAACCGACGGCAGCAAAAUCCAGAUGGGAUCCUUUACCUCCGAGGCCCCACACAAGCCGGAGGAGGUGGCUGUGGACACGCCGGAGACGGCGUACGCCGAGGUGAAGAAGAACUGAGCGCGCCCCUGGGAUACGCGCUCCGGCACCACGGCUCUACUGUAACGCAGCGCACGCCUCCGCUCCGGGUCUCAGCUCCCGAAGCGUUUGCUGGAUUCACCAACGGAAAUCGUCUGUCCUGUCGGCUGUCCGUCUCGGAAGGGCCCAGACAGUAGGGCAUGUGCUAGAGCACAGCCCAGCAGGGAAACAGCCAAAACCAUUACCUGUGUCACGAAGCAGGGCCCCGUUUCGGAAGGCAGGAUUACCGAGUUCACUGGACAAUUGCACCAAAUCUGGAACAUGGACUGAAGUAAAAAGAGCUGUUCCGGGUUUUUACUCAGUGCAGUUAUCCAGUUAACUCAGUAAUCCUGCUUUGUGAUACAAACCCCCAGAGGGUUCUUUCCAAUGUUUUGCUACGCAAGUGUGCUGCAUUUGUACAGGAUUUUCAUUUUCUCAUUCUAACAACAGCAAGUGUAAUGUUGCACUCCCAAUGGUACAUGAAGUACAGAGAUUAUGAUUUGUCUUUAUUUGUUUUUCUUGACCGAAAUGUGUCAAUGUGAACAAAUGGCUGAUAUAAAAUUGCUAGCUGGCUAACCAAACAAAUCAAGUGAACACAUUCUUUACAGUACAUAAAUGUAUGAUGUUUUUAAAGUGGACUUGUUCUUUCCAUCAGUAGCUGAUGAAUGUAAGGCGCAUAUUUUGUAAUCUAUAGUUUCAGAAAAAAAAGCAUAAAUGGCAAAUAUUAUUUAAGAUGACUUUAUUCAGGAGCUGUACAUUUGUAUUGUUAAAUGUGAAAAACAAUUAUAGAAAGAGUAUGUAAAUGAAAAAUUGACCAUAUAAAAUGAAAGUAUGCGUUUGUGUAUAAGAUCACAGAUCAGGUUUGCCAUUACAGUUUCAGAGCUGGGGUGUCAGUCCUCAGAGGGCCUACUGGGUUUCAGUGUGUCAGUGAUUCAUUGAGGUCAUUCACUGGCGAGAGUCUACAGUAUACGUGUCGUUCAUAAGGCCUGAAUUGGCUGCCUAUUGAAGGAAAAGACUUCAGACACUGCUACAUUCCAGGACUCCUUUGUCUCUUGUGCUUUAGAGCAUGAAUUACAAAUGCAAAUACAGUACACACACAUGGUUCUGUUUGUGGGGCCAAAUCUCAUUUAAUAAAUCAACAUUUGUAAUGCUCUGCGAUUUCAUAUUUUGUAUAAGGUGUCAAUGCCUGUGAAACAGCGUAUGCCUUUCUGAUAUGCAUGUUCAUAUCUGGAGAAAGUGUAAAAAUGAAGUGAGCCAAAAGCUGCUCAGUCAAAUACCAUCACCACCACUCUGUCAGCCAUUUUCUGUGGUAAAGGCGAUAAUUUUUCUUUGUCGCUGUGGAGUGAAGUGAGAGGAGCCUCUGUUGCACAUUUAAGUUCUGUACAUCUGCCUGAACUGGCAGGGUACUGUUGACAUUGGAUGGCUAGCCCUUUAAAAUGCUUUUUGUCUGUCGUGUUGCCAAGAAUGCUAAGAUGCUUAUUUAUGUAUGAUUAUUAUUAUUUUUACAUAAAAAACUAUGUGCAAACUACUCAUUUUAUUUUAAUUAAACAGUAAUGGAAAAACUCAA